AACCCUUCCUAGGCUCGUGUGCUACUCCGAAAUUUAAUCCCGAGGUUCGCGUAGAUUUGGAAAAUUGGAUCGAUUUGAAGAGAAGAUGGGAGGAUUAGAAGAAGAGAAGCAUGCGCGGUACAUCGUCUCGGUUGAAAAGAAGAAGGAUGAUUUCGAGGCUUUAGUGAUAGAGCAUUUGAGAAUGAAUGGUGCAUAUUGGGGUCUGACCACUCUUGACCUGCUCAACAAAAUUGGAGCUAUCGAUGCAGAUGCGAUCGUGUCUUGGGUGAUGGAAUGCCAGGACAAAGAUUGUGGAGGCUUUGCUGGAAACUUAGGGCAUGAUCCACACCUUUUGUACACAAUCAGUGCUGUGCAAGUUUUAGCACUUCUCGACAGGCUUGAUGUUCUUGAUAUCGAAAAAGUGUCGGAUUAUGUGGCUGGCUUACAGAACGAAGAUGGAUCUUUUUCUGGUGAUAUGUGGGGUGAAAUUGACACUAGGUUUUCUUAUUGUGCAAUCUGUUGUCUCUCACUAUUGGGCCGUCUAAGUAAAAUCAAUGUGGAAAAGGCUGUAAAUUACAUUGUCAGCUGCAAAAACCUAGACGGUGGAUUUGGGUCUAUACCCGGUGGGGAGUCACAUGCUGGCCAGAUCUUCUGUUGUGUCGGUGCGCUUGCAAUCACGGGUUCCCUGCACCAUGUCGACAGGGACCUGCUUGGUUGGUGGUUGUGUGAGCGGCAAUGUAAAGAUGGAGGAUUGAACGGCCGACCUGAGAAGCUUGCCGAUGUUUGCUACUCUUGGUGGGUACUAUCCAGUCUUAUUAUGAUCGACAGGGUUCAUUGGAUUGACAAGGAGAAACUCACUAGGUUCAUCUUGAACUGCCAGGACAAAGAUAAUGGAGGCAUAUCAGAUAGACCAGACAACGCCGUCGAUGUUUUUCAUACCUACUUCGGCGUUGCAGGGCUCUCUCUCAUGGAAUAUCCAGGAUUAAAGACGAUAGAUCCUGCCUACGCCCUUCCCGUUGAUGUGGUAAAUCGAAUCUUCUUUAGAAAGUGAAUCUACUGCGAUACGAACAAGCAAGUAGAUGCUGCAUUUGAUUGCUGCCUCCCGUAUGCAUGCUGGACGUUAUCCCCUCCCUCUCUUCCUAGUAUUCAUCUUGAAAGCUUUCGGGGAGUCGAAUUCCCAUCUAAAUCUUUUAUUGUGGACGUGACUACUGUAACUAAUACCACCUCAUCACUGGUUAUAUCAUCGCAUGUUUCCCUCUUCGCAUCA